CACGCGCGCGUAUGAAGGCAUUUUGGCUUCUACGCUAUCCAUUUCGCGUUCCCUGGCUACAGAGCACAAACACGAGCAGCUACCCUGAACGCAAGAAGCUACUUUUACGGUCAGAGACAACUGGGAAAUCCGUAAGGAUUUGAGCUAUGGGAAAGAGAAAAUCAAGAGCGAAGCCUCCUCCAAAGAAACGAAUGGAUAAACUUGACACCGUCUUCAGUUGCCCCUUCUGCAACCAUGGCUCUGGUGUUGAAUGCCGCAUAGAUAUGAAGAACCUGAUAGGGGAAGCUUCUUGCAGGAUAUGCCAAGAGAGCUUUAGCACCACCAUUACAGCUUUAUCCGAGCCAAUAGACGUAUACAGUGAAUGGAUUGAUGAAUGUGAACGGGUCAACAACCUCGAAGAUGAUGGCGCUUAGCUUAGAAUUUGGAUGCUGACUGACAACUGUGUUCGGUGGCAGAACUGUCGACAGAAUAUAUCUGUUCUGCUUUGUAUUUUCUACUGCCUGUAUGUAUACUAUGCUUGUUCCUGUUUUAAGAAGCGAUUGUGCAAGCACAAGUUUGGUUCCUAUGUAGACUGGCAUCUAUGGCUUGCAAUAGAAUGUAAACGUGACUGAGAAUAAUGGAGCCUGCUUUACUAUUUUGAUGAA